AGUGGGACUGAAAAGGGAAGAACAAGAUGCAGAAAUUGCCCUAGCUGGGGUAAAAGGAAGACCCUGCUGGGAUGGAAAAAGACUGACGGGUGUCUCAUGAGUAGACAAACUGGCAUAUUGGGACCUUUGACUUUUCAUAUUGGGAGCUCAGAGAAGCUAGUGGUAAUAGCAACAGGAACUGGCAAAGGAAGCAGGGCAAGAUUGAGUGUGCGAGCCUGACUCACUGACAGCUGAUCUGGAAGCUUUGGUCUGAAAAACUCUCUACAAGAGUUGGGGGAAAAAGUCAACUUGGCUGACUGGUCCAAAGCAAGAGGUACAAGUUGCACUAGAUGUCCUCAGACAACACAGCCUAGUCUAUUUUAAAGAUUCUGUGUUUAUGAAGAACUGAAAGGACAUUAUUGAUCACAUAUAAUUACAAGAAUUGGAGAUUAUCCUUUUAACCUUCAUUUUACAGGCAGUUGGGGUUAAGUGACUUGCCCAGGGUCACACAGCUGGUCUCAUUGAAAGAAGAAGGUAGUUUGUGCUAUUUUCUCAAGGUAAAGAAUGAAGACUAAUCUUUCCUGAAGAAACUGAAGUAACAUUUUAAUUACUCAAUUCUUCAACAGCUCCUCGAACAGUGCUCAGCAACCCUAGACAACCAGCACAAUGGCUGCAAACAAGAAUAAGAACCAGAGCUCGUUAGUUCUUCACAAAGUGAUUAUGGUUGGCAGUGGAGGGGUGGGCAAAUCUGCACUUACCCUUCAGUUCAUGUAUGAUGAGUUUGUAGAAGACUAUGAACCUACUAAAGCUGACAGUUAUAGAAAGAAAGUGGUCCUUGAUGGAGAAGAAGUGCAGAUAGACAUUCUGGAUACGGCUGGACAAGAGGAUUAUGCAGCUAUUCGAGACAACUACUUCCGCAGUGGGGAGGGGUUUCUCUUAGUCUUCUCCAUAACAGAACAUGAAUCCUUUACAGCCACAGCAGAGUUCAGGGAACAGAUUCUGCGUGUUAAGGCUGAAGAAGAUAAAAUCCCUUUGCUUGUGGUGGGAAACAAAUCUGACUUGGAAGAGCGGAGACAGGUACCCAUUGAAGAGUCUAGAAGUAAAGCUGAAGAGUGGGGUGUCCAGUAUGUAGAGACAUCUGCCAAAACUAGAGCCAAUGUAGACAAGGUAUUCUUUGAUCUAAUGAGAGAAAUAAGAGCAAAGAAGAUGUCAGAAAACAAAGAUAAGAAUGGCAAAAAAAGCAGCAAAAACAAGAAAAGUUUUAAAGAAAGAUGCUGUUUACUGUGAUUGCUGAGAACAUGGAUCAAAUCUGUCAGUUGCCACUGAGAACAUAGUACUGGAUUCAUGAAAGGAAGACUGUAUUUCUUUACUUGUACUGUCUUUUCUUUUUAUUCGAUUCAUGCAUUACUUCUUUAAAUGAAAAAAAAAUUGUGAAUCAGUCAAUAGCUGGCAGAAAAAAUGACUCAUUUUCCAUGGAGUGAAACUAUUCCUCUGUCAAUUUUUUUUAAACUGAAAGCUUAGAAACAACAAACUUAGUACCACAAGCAGAAAGUAAUCCAGUGUUAAUUUUAAAAAUACUGUAUUGUAGCUUAUGAUAUUUUUCCAGUUUAUAACAUCACCAUUUCAGUCAGAAAUUAAAAUUUUCUUGUUUUCUUUAGGUUUGGGGAAGGAAAACCAGACUUUCUUCUACACACAGCAAUCUAACACUUUACCAUUUUAUUAAUGGCAGUCAGAAAAAUCAUUAAAUUACAAAGCAAGUGGUUUGUUUGUGUUUAAUGACUUAAGUAAAAUUGAGUGACUUUUACAGUCAGAUUUUCUUAGUAUUUCCCAGAAGAGUCCAAAAAGUAGCUAAAAUGUAAAUUUGAGUUGUCUCAACUAGGUCAUUGUGAAGUUCAUAAACCUUAUUCAUACACACUUAAGGUAUGAAAUGUAAUCUGUCCUGGCUUUAUUUUUGUUUUUCUUUUAAUAUUUAAAUAUUGGCUAGUUUUACCUUAUUGUCUGGUUCUUCCCUAAGGGUCCUAAGAUUGUGUCGGAACUUUAAAAAAAAUGCACUUUCUUAUACUUCACCUUUUAUAGCUUUUUAAUUAAAAACAAAACAAAACCAACAACAAUUAUCCCAAAACAUACUUUAAAAUUUCAUGCCUAUGCUAGCUUCACACAAUAAUUGGCAUUAACAAUUUACAAGGACCAUUUUAUCCCCAAAGUAAUUGUCAUCAUUUAAAAAUUAUAUUUUUUCUAACAGCACUUGAUAAACUCCUGUGCAUGGAGUAAAUGUUGCUGAUGCUCUACUUUGUUUCUUUACCUUGUUUAGUUUAAUACAAAUGCUUUGGAAGAAUGAUGAGCUACAGUUGUAACCUAAAAUCAUGAAGCCAGAGCCAGUGCCAGACAUUUUGCUACCUCUCACAGAAUUACUCAGUAAUUCUAAAUUUAAAUCAGAAAAACGGUGAGGAGAGUGAAGGUAGGCCACUGCCAUGUUCUCUCUGGUUGCAGUUUUUCAUAUGGUUUUCUUCUGACAGACAUAUUAACAUUUAGAAAGAGAUUUUUAAUGAUGGAAGAAAAACGGUUAAGUGUAGCUGUCCUACUUGCUGCUGCCAUAUUUCUAAGCUGAGCAAUCACGCAAAUUUUGCCAGAAGGAAGAAUAAUAUGGUUUUAAAAAAAAAGUAAAAAGUUAGCUGCCUUUUCUUUUCAGUAAAAAUGAGACUUCAAGUGUGGGUGCCAAAAAGAAAAACACUCUCUAUUUUAUUGUUACAGAAAUUGUAAAGAUUAUGAUUUUGAUUUGGAAAACCAUCUUGUAUAACUUCCCAAUGAAUCAUGAACUUUUUUUUGGAAUAAAAAAACAGACAAAAACUUCUGAA